GUGUUGUGGAAGAAAGAACUUGUGAUUUAUAGGAAAGGAAUUGUGUUGUGGAAGAAAGAACUUGUGAUUUAUAGGAAAGGAAUUGUGUUGUGGAAGAAAGAACUUGUGAUUUAUAGGAAAGGAAUCGUGUUGUGGAAGAAAGAACUUGUGAUUUAUAGGAAAGGAAUUGUGUUGUGGAAGAAAGAACUUGUGAUUUAUAGGAAAGGAAUCGUGUUGUGGAAGAAAGAACUUGCGGUUCAUAGGAAAGGAAUUGUGUUGUGGAAGAAAGAACUUGCGGUUCAUAGGAAAGGAAUUAUGUUGUGGAAGAAAGAAAUUGUGAUUUAUAAGGAGCAAACUAAACGCUGUAAUAAUAAAUUAACUACACGCUACAACAACGGAUGAAUUAUACUU